AUGUACGAUGCUGUAGUCGCUCGUUACUCCUCUUCGGCCACUGCUGCUCUAGGCCACCUUAUACUGCCCUACCUGGACCUCCUUCUUGCCGUCGACCUCACUGUCGACCUGCUCGAGAAGCACCUCCUUGCAGCUGAGACUAGCAUAGUCGCUGUAGGCGCUUCUCGUGGCACUCCUCGCACUCCCUCCUUUGAGGGGUGUUCCCCCUCCCCCCUUGUUCCCUAUGUCCCUUCUGUUGGUGCUGUUGAAUUCCUUCGUCCUGAGGAGGUCGGGGCUGCGUCUGCUCCUAUGGGAGUCUCCGCAGUGGCAGGGGCAAGGGAGGCCAGGGUGGUGGGGGUGGCAGCGGUGGAGGCGGUGGUGGGGGCGGUGGAGGCAAUGGAGGUGGUGGCGGUGGGAGUGGUGGUGGGAGUGGAGGCGUUGGUGGCGGCGGUAGUGGCAGCGGUAGUGGCGGCGGUGGCGGCGGGAGUGGGGGUGGCGGGAGUGGGAGCGGUGGCGGGAGCAGUGGUUGCGGUCGGGGUGGAGGUGUUCUAA